AAAUAUAAUGGAAGGCAGGCCGGUUUUACUUCUUCUGCUAGCCACAGCCGCCCUUGUGUCUGGUAAAAUGGACUUGAAAAAACCGGAAGACCGUCUUUCCAACAUAGUGGAAUGGUCAGAUUUGGACUCUGACGAUAGUUACAUUUACAAACUAUCCGACGAUGAUAAGGAAGAGUACGAAUAUACCAUACCUUACGACUGGACUAUGGACGAGUUCACUGGGAUUGACACUGAGAACUCAAGGUGUGGAGAUGAAGUUGAGAUGCUGGACGUGUCCAAGAUGAAGAAACCUCACCAGAUCAGGCUAUCGUUCACCGGAAACCCAACUGAGAUGGCUAUAACAUGGACUACAAACGGACGAACUGAACAUGAGCUGGUAAACUACGGACCAGUAAAAUCUGACCUAAACUACACGUCCACCUCCAUCUCCCAUCAGUACAAAUGGCACUGGGACGCGGAGCUGAGUCAAUGGUACUACACCAGCGGCUUUAUACACGAGGCUCUCAUGAUUAACCUUAUCCCUGGUAUGAUCCACUACUAUCAGAUUGAGAGUAAUGGGGAGAAGUCAGCCGUGAUAAAGUUUGUGGCUGCCCAAGAAUCAGGUUCUAGGGCACCUCUCUCCUUCAUGCAUGUAGGAGACGUUGGAACAUUUGGGACCUCAGUGAUGGUGACAAAUGACAUGAUGAAGAGGAUGGAAGAACAACAGUUUCAUGGCUUAAUCCACUGUGGGGAUAUCAGCUAUGCUAACGGAUUCAACCACAGCCGUCCAACGAACGCAGAGCAGAAAGUGUGGGACACCUGGGGUCAGAUGGUGGAGCCGGUUGGAAGCAAGAUGGCUUACAUGGCAGUUCCAGGCAACCACGAGCUGGAUAUUUACGAUUCGACCAACGAGAACGGCACAAUCUACACCAAGCGCUUCAUUAUGCCGGGAAAUGAACGUUAUUUCUCAUACGGAGUGGGUAUGGUGCAGUUCGUUGCAGUUUCUACUGACGAGUCUAUUGAUGCCAACUCCACUCAGGGGCAGUGGUUCAAGAACGUUCUGAAGAAAGCAAAUCAAAACAGAGAUAGCCGACCAUGGUUAGUUGUCUUCCAGCACAGGCCUAUUUACAACUCAAACAAUAAGCACAAGCACUGGAAAGGUCGGCAGUUCAACACCAGUUCCCGGUACGUAAACCCGGAGAUAAUAGGGUGGACAGACAACUACCCCACCCUGCUGGUGGAGCAGAACGUGGACCUGGUCCUCAUGGGACAUGUUCACCACUAUGAGAGGACCUGGCCAAUGAAGAACCUUACAACCUACGAUACAAGCUACAAGAACGUGAGGUACCCAGUGCACAUAACCUGUGGCCACGGAGGAAAGUCUCUGUACAGGUUCUACGACUACUACAGGAACGGGACCUACUUCGACUCUUACUACAAAUCAGACCCGGGAUGGGUUGCUCAACGGGACAAUUCUCACUGGGGUCAUUGUGAGCUGGAUUUUAUUGAUGAUACGACUGUGGAGCAUAGGAUGUACAAGAUGAACGAGGCUGAUCCUACGGUCAAGGUGCUUUUAACAAGGUCUAAAGAGAGAUGGUCUUCAGGGACAGCACUCGCCUUCUCAUCUGCUCUUAUUUUCUUAUCUGUAGGUACCUUACUUUGGUGAAAUUAGGGGUUUUGCUGUAGUUAUGCAGACCAGCAGACAGUGUUAUUUCUAUUAAUUUUUACGAUGCACGUUCAAAUAUGAAGUUCUGAUAGUCGAAUAAACCGGACUUUAUAAUUCAACGAAGAGAUGUAUUUUGAGGACACUGUUGACCCUUCAUGACUACUGGAUAGUGCGAUUAUCAUAUCUUGAUUUUGUGACCCAAUCGAUGAUAACGCAAUUUAAUAUUUCUAUGGUUUAUACGGUUUUGUUUACAAAAAAUCGAACUUGUUUGAUUUGAUGAUUGAUCUAAUUAACAA